GAUUCUUCUAACCCUGGGACGCCAUUUUGGAGGAAAGUUUGGAAUUUCUGACACAUAGGAAGAAAAAAAAGAGGAGGAGAUAACGAAAGAAGUUUGACGUUUAGGAAAACAAUCCUCAUUCCACCGAAGGUGAAGAAGAAUGUAGCAAACUGCAGACGUGAGGAUUUGAAUCGCUUGUGUUCACACUGAGCCCUUGCAAGCACACGGCAGGGCGGAGUAUAUUUGCAGUUUGGGGAGUUUUUGGAAGCCCUGCAACUGGCGGCAACUUAUGUUGAGUUUCCCCCCGCAGACGCGGAGCAGAUUGGCGGUGGAGGCUGAGUCGUAGCGUCUGUGUGUCUUUUGAAUGGAAACGCAGGGCUGUCAGUGGAGUAAAGCUCAAUUCUGUGGUGUCGCGCGACUGUCAGGUUGAAGAAGUGCAGCUCUCCCUGUGCACUAAAUCCAAGCGGCUCAUUUUCAUAUCAGCCUGAACCGUCCCGAUGUUUACCGGAUAAACAUUUGAGUUUCAUGCCAGCUGCGUCUGUCUGACUCCUCAAAGACACUCUGGACGGACGCGUGUUGGGAGAGGAGCGUUUUAUUAUCGCGUGUAUUGUUAAAUUCCAUCGCGAGCUCUGCUGGAUUUGUUAUCGUGCAAGAGCCCAAGCGAAACAUGCCAGUAAGGAAAAAAGAUGCACAGAAGGCUAUGUUACUGCUGGAGGAAUACCGGUUAAAACUAGGUAACACUGAAGACAGACAGUUGAGAAGCUCCAUCCAGAGAGUCAUUGACAUCUUCCAGAGUAACCUCUUCCAGGCGCUUAUAGAUAUCCAGGAAUUUUACGAAGUGACCUUAUUGGAUAAUCAGAGAUGUGGGGAAUCAGUGAAAGUGCCCGAUGCAAUACCCCCAGUAAACCUGUGGGAUUUCUCCAGCAUCCAAAGCACAACGGUGACUUCAGACACCCUGCCCAGCCUUAGCACCAGCAUAGAGAAGUACAGACACCAUGAUGAAGACACAGGAUCUCCAGAGGAGCAAAGCUCACCACAGUUCACUGAUGAGGCUCCUGGGCCAGAGCUGGUCCAAGUGGCUGAGAAGAACCUCUCCCAGAUUGAGAACAUCCACGGCUAUGUGGCACAUGCACAUAUCUCCCCAGUGAAGGUUGAGUCGCUGGAAUGCAUCUUCGAUGGGCCGUCAACUGUAGUGAACGAGGAGAGUCCUAUGCUUCCUACUACUCCCAUCUCCAACCCGUACCCUCAAAGUCCUGUGUCCGUCCAGCAGACAGAUGCUGUCCCACCCUCCACUCUCAUAAUCCCUGUGAUCCCAAUCUCCACUGUCCCUGCGGAGCCCGCUGUCAUCUCUUCAUCAACAUCACAGGCAAAUCCUCCCCCUGUCGUGGUAAAUACAGAGAGCUUGGAUUCAGCUCCAUAUGUUAAUGGUACUGAAGCUGACUUUGAGUAUGAGGAGAUUACACUGGAAAGGGGCAAUUCAGGCCUGGGCUUCAGUAUCGCCGGUGGCACAGAUAACCCUCACAUUGGUGAAGACCCCAGCAUUUUCAUCACUAAAGUCAUUCCAGGGGGUGCUGCCGCUCAGGACGGGAGAUUGCGGGUAAAUGAUGUGAUUCUGAGAGUGAACGAGGCUGAUGUUCGAGACGUGACCCACAGUAAGGCUGUGGAGGCAUUGAAGGAGGCGGGGUCGCUAGUCAGAUUGUAUGUCAGGAGGAGAAAAUCUGCAGCAGAGAAAGUCAUGGAGAUCAAGCUCAUCAAAGGACCCAAAGGUCUUGGUUUCAGUAUAGCAGGGGGUGUUGGGAAUCAGCACAUCCCAGGGGACAAUAGCAUCUACGUCACUAAGAUUAUUGAAGGUGGAGCUGCACACAAAGAUGGGAGGCUGCAGAUAGGAGACAAACUUCUUGCUGUGAAUAGUUCCUGCCUGGAGGAUGUUACCCAUGAGCAUGCCGUGACUGCCUUGAAAAAUACCCCAGACGUGGUCUACUUGAAAGUAGCUAAACCCAAUAGUGUCUUCAUGAAUGACAGUUUUGCCCCUCCUGACAUCACCAACUCCUAUUCGCAACACAUGGAAAACCAUAUCAGCCCUCCAAGCUAUCUGAGCCAGCCGCUGCCUCCGGUGCAUUCUGGACGCUACUCCCCGACCCCAAAAACCACGGUGGGGGAUGAAGAUGUAACCAGCUUAUGCAAGGAACCCAGGAAGGUGGUGCUGCAUCGAGGCUCUACAGGGCUUGGCUUCAACAUAGUGGGUGGAGAGGACGGAGAGGGCAUAUUCAUUUCCUUCAUCCUAGCCGGGGGUCCUGCAGACCUCUGUGGUGAAUUGAGGAAAGGAGACCGUUUGGUGUCUGUGAAUGGAAUAGACCUACGCAGUGCCACUCAUGAGCAGGCUGCGGCAGCUCUGAAGAACGCCGGACAAACAGUCACCAUUGUUGCCCAGUUCAGACCAGAGGAGUACAGCCGAUUUGAAGCCAAGAUCCAUGACCUAAGAGAGCAGAUGAUGAACAGCAGCAUCAGCUCAGGCUCAGGGUCCCUGAGGACCAGUCAGAAGAGAUCACUAUAUGUCAGGGCACUGUUUGAUUAUGAUAAAACAAAGGAUUCUGGGCUGCCCAGCCAGGGCCUAAACUUCAAAUUCGGAGACAUACUGCACGUAGUGAAUGCUUCAGAUGAUGAGUGGUGGCAGGCACGGCAAGUCACUCCUCAAGGAGAGGCGGAGGAAAUGGGCGUAAUUCCCAGCAAGAGAAGAGUGGAGAAGAAGGAGAGAGCAAGGUUAAAGACCGUUAAGUUCAACUCCAAAUCGCGAGAAAAAGGGCAGUCCCUCAAUGACAAGCGUAAAAAGAAUCUGUUUUCCCGCAAGUUCCCUUUCUACAAGAACAAGGAGGCCAGUGAGCAGGAAACAAGCGAUGUGGACCAGCACAUGACCUCUAAUGCCAGUGAUAGUGAGAGUAGUUACCGUGGUCAAGAGGAAUAUGUGUUGUCAUAUGAGCCAGUCUGUCAGCAGGAAGUGAACUACUCGCGACCAGUGAUUAUCUUGGGUCCAAUGAAAGACAGAGUAAACGAUGACCUGAUCUCAGAGUUCCCUGACAAAUUCGGUUCCUGUGUUCCUCAUACAACAAGGCCGAAGCGAGAUUAUGAGGUGGACGGGAGAGACUACCACUUUGUUGUGUCCAGAGAGCAGAUGGAGAGAGACAUACAAGAGCACAAGUUCAUCGAAGCAGGCCAGUACAACAGUCACCUGUAUGGCACCAGUGUCCAGUCUGUCAGAGAGGUGGCAGAAAAGGGCAAACAUUGCAUUCUAGAUGUAUCAGGCAAUGCCAUAAAGAGACUGCAAGUUGCUGUGCUUUACCCCGUCGCUAUUUUCAUCAAACCAAAAUCAGUGGAGAACAUCAUGGAGAUGAAUAAAAGACUGACAGAGGAACAAGGCAGGAAGACCUACGACAGAGCCAUGAAGCUGGAACAGGAGUUCAUGGAGCACUUCACAGCUGUUGUUCAAGGGGACACUUUGGAAGAGAUCUACGAUCUAGUCAAGCAGAUAAUUGAGGAACAGUCUGGGCCAUACAUAUGGGUACAGUCCAAGGAGAAACUAUGAACGCCUUCAGGAGUUUAUCAUCCCUCUUUCUCCGCCUGGUUUAUUUAUUGAUUCUGUAUUUUUUUUAUUUCUGGUAAUCUCAGUUGGGCUUCUGCAGAUGGCAGAAUUCUCUCAACAGAUUAAUUCCUUAAUCCAGCAUACUCCAAUCUCUGUUCGGUCCUAUAUCUCCACCUCCUACUUCUAGUUCCUCAGUAGCUAUUUCAAGAGAAGAUGAUCUGUCCUCGUCAGAUCUUUACUGCUUCCAUGCUUACAGAAAGCAAAACUAUGCCAGACCAGCAUCUGUUUACCAGGGGUUUGGAGAAGGUACAGUUCCUUAAUGUUUAAGGGAGGUUACUUUGUAAGGACAAAGACGGCGAUCUGGAUUUUCUGGCACACGUCUCUUUGAUUUGACCCCUUUUAUGUUCUUUUCGUGUAAAUGGUAACAUGGAACUCAAGUCUCAGGCAUCGGAUUCAUUAAAAUGGUGAGAAACACAAAACUUUGCACGUCGUAGCUUCUAAAACCAGGUGUUCUUCCGCCCUUCUUUCUCAUUGUUCAUUUCCUCCAUAGUCCUGUAUGUUCCACACAUUCUUUGUUGUUGAUUUACUUCUCAUUUGACUGUUGUAUUGGCAUGCUUAUGCUCCUCAUUCUGAUUGUCUGUGUUAUGGAGCCAUUGUGUUUAGAUGAUGUCCCGCUGCACAGAUGUGAGACGUGUGCCGCCACUGUUAGAAUGUCAGUCUACAACAGUGUCUUACAGAGUACGUGUUUUCAACACUUUGAUUUACAUUUAGGAAAGUCUGCCAUUUAUAAGAAACUGAUAUUUUUAAGAGGCAAUAAAAUGUCACUGCGUAUGUGGAAGAAAUUUAUUAUACAAUGAGAUCUUAACAGAUAUUUAACCCUCCAUAAACUGCCUAUUUUGUUAUAAUAAAAGUCUAUAUUGAGCUUUA